GAAAUAAGCUAACUCCAGUUGUGUUAUUUCAGUUCUUUUACAAGUAUGAAGUAAUAUUACACAAUAUUGAGAAUUGUUACAAAAAAUUUGUACAUUCAACCAUUAUAAGAGAGUAGCAGUUAUUCGAAAUACACUAGUUAUCAGUUAGUUGUAUAGUUUGCAACAUUUAGUGUAUGCAGUAUUAGCUCAUCUACGCAGCUUUAAGUGAUUUCCUUGUUAUUUGAUCUCAUCUAAUUAUUUAUAAUGGAAUCGAAACAUGCCGUCAAAGUUGAUCAGUUAAAGAAACAUCCUAAGGAAAACUCGAAUCUCUUGUCUGAUCUCUUUUACUGCUGGACAUUCCCAAUGAUUAAGACAGGUUUAAAAAAGGCAUUAUCGGAGAAAGAUAUUUAUCAAACUCUGACCAGUCAUCGGUCCACAAAUUUGACAAAUAAACUAGAGCGAGCAUGGAAUAGUCAGAAAAAUGGAAGCAAUAAACCCUCUCUUUGGAGAGCAAUUUGGAAGGUUUUUAAAUGGGACAUAAUGCUUUCUAUAUUUCUUUAUUUCGUAACAGACAUUGUUCUCAAAAUCAUCCGUCUUAUAGCUCUAGGAAUACUGUUGGGUUACUACUCUCCUAACGCAACAGAAAUGAGCAAAAGCGACGCAAUUAUUUGCGCUUCAGUUAUAGUAACUUCGAGUUUUCUUCUCGAAAUAUUAGAACAUGCCUACAUACUUCAUUUCCAACAACUGGCAAUGAAAGUACGCGUGGCCUGUGCUUCUCUUAUUUAUCGAAAAGCUCUAAAGCUUAGUAAGAAGGCAUUAAGUGAAACGACCAUAGGGCAUAUUAUCAAUUUAUUGUCAAAUGACAUGCAGAGGCUAGUCGCUGUUUGGGGAGCUUAUCAUGCUCUUUGGGCAGCGCCUCUUCAGGCAGCCCUUAUCCUUUUUCUACUGUACUGGAUCGCAGGACCAACGGCUUUAGUUGGAAAUAUCUUCCUUCUAGUACUCACACCGUUGCAGGUGUUCAUGACUAAAAAAACUGCCGAUUAUCGAUUAAAAAUAUCUUUAAAAAGCGACGAACGAAUACGUUAUAUGAGCGAAAUCAUAUCAGGAAUUCAAGUAAUCAAGGUUUACACCUGGGAGUUACCUUUUGUCAAACUUAUAGACGCUAUUAGAAGGAAAGAAAUGUAUUUUAUAAAAAUUGCCAACUUCUUAGACUCAAUCACAAUCGCCUUUGAAUUCUUCUUUGAUCGCACUUCUGUAUUUAUUUGCCUAGUGACUUACGUUUUGCUUGGGAGUACCCCAGAUGCCCAGUAUGUUUUUGUCCUUGCCUCAUUCUAUGAUUUGAUGAUGCAGUCAGUUUCACUAUACUUUCCCCAAGGGUUGACAAUAACUCUUCAAGCAAAUGUGGCCAUUAAAAGAUUUGAAAACUUCCUCAACUUGCACGAAAUACAAAACAAGAUAAUCACAACUAAAGAAACUGGAAUUACGAUAGACCAAGUUUCCGCGAAAUGGUCUGAAACUUCCCAACAAAACACUUUAUCAGACAUCAAAUUUAACUUGGAGCCAAAACAACUAGUCGCGAUAAUUGGACCCAUUGGUAGUGGGAAAUCCAGUCUCUUGCAGUUAUGUCUAGGUGAGUUGGCACCUAACGAAGGUUGUGUAAAAAUUGGCGGUCGAAUAUCGUACGCCAACCAGGAGCCUUGGCUGUUUGCCGGUUCUGUCAAACAAAACAUACUUUUCGGGCAAGCGAUGGUUAGAGAGAAGUACCAAGAAGUGAUUAGAGUUUGUGCUCUGGAGGACGAUAUUGCCCAGUUCCCGUACGGCGAUAACACAAUCGUAGGCGAACGCGGAAUUCUUCUAAGUGGUGGUCAAAAGGCCAGAAUAAACCUCGCCAGGGCAAUUUACAAAGAUGCUGAUAUUUAUUUACUUGACGAUCCUUUAUCGGCAGUGGACGCACGCGUUGGCAAACAAAUUUUCAACAACUGUAUUAUGAAUUAUUUAAAAGGCAAAUGCACAGUUCUUGUUACUCAUCAAAUUCAGUACUUAAGUUUCGUCGAUAAGAUAUAUUUGAUGGUAGAUGGAAAAGUUGCGGUUUCUGGAAGUUACAAAGAGUUGCAAGCGUCAGGUGAAGACUUUACUAGACUUUUAAAAGAACAUGAAAAAUACGACGAAAGUGAGGACGAAUCCGUUGUUGAAAGUAAAGCAAGUAAAGAGGAUAAAGAGCAAGACGAAGAAGAAGAGACUUGGAUUCAAGGAAAAGUGUCCAAGAAAGUGUACAUUUCGUAUCUCCGUGCCUCUGGAAAUUAUUUCAGGUUUGCUGUAAUGGGAAUGUUGUUUAUCAUGACCGAGAUUUUGGCCACUGGUUCUGAUUACUUUAUUACUUUCUGGGUGAAUUUGGAACAAAAACGAACAGCGGAAAACAAAACCAAAAAUGAGACUUUAUCAUCAGAUCCUGUAGAUUCUUUCUUUACAAAUGAAAACUGUAUUUACGUUUACACAGCUAUAAUUGGGGCCCUGAUAUUGUUCUCCAUUCUACGUUCAAUGUCUUUUUUCCAAAGUUGCAUGAAAGCGUCUGUCCGCUUGCACGACAAAAUGUUUACUAGCGUAAUAAAUGCCACUAUGAAAUUUUUCUACACCAAUUCUUCUGGAAGAAUACUCAACAGAUUUGCCAAAGACAUGGGGAGCAUAGACGAGACUUUACCUGAAGUGUUUUUGGAUGCUCUUCAGAUGUCAAUGGCAAUUAUUGGCACGGUCUUAGCCAUAUGCAUUGUGAGUCCCUGGACUCUCAUCCCCAGUAUCAUAAUUGUUAUAAUAAUGUUGCUUCUUAGAUUAGUUUACCUUUCUACCACUAGAGACGUGAAACGGAUGGAAUCAACAAACCGGAGUCCAAUUUUUGCACAUUUAACUGAGUCAAUGAAGGGUUUGACGACAAUAAGAGCCUACAACACGCAAGGGAUCUUAGAGAAGGAGUUCGAUACUUAUCAGGACGUACACACUUCUAUCUAUUACAUGUAUUUGGGCGGCAACAGAGCCCUGGCCGUUUAUUUGGACAUAGUUUGUGUCCUUUAUGUUUUCUGCAUCACGGUCAUUGCUUUGACAAAAGAAACCUACGCGGGAAACGUCGGUUUUAUGAUAACUCAGGGUAUGAGUAUGAGUGGUAUGUUUCAAUGGGGGAUACGACAGUGGAGCGAAAUGGAGAAUCAAAUGACUUCGGUUGAACGUGUCGGGGAAUACAUCGAUGUUGAACGUGAAAAAGACACUAAAACUAGAGACCCCCCACGACAGUGGCCUGAACACGGCAAAAUCGAAUUCAAGUCUGUCUCCAUGAGAUAUUCCUCAAACGAUCCAUACGUACUCAAAAAUCUCAAUAUCUCGAUCACACCUAGAGAAAAAGUGGGAAUUGUGGGUCGAACUGGAGCCGGAAAAUCGUCUCUAAUCGCAGUGUUGUUCCGUUUGGUUGAUUUCGAGGGCAGACUUAUCAUUGAUGACUGUGAUACGAAAGAAUUGAGUUUGCCAGCGUUACGCUCCAAAAUUUCAAUCAUUCCGCAAGAACCUAUCCUAUUUUCGGGAACAGUGCGUAAAAACUUAGACCCCUUUGAUCAAUAUCAAGACGACCAAAUAUGGAGCGUACUGGAGAAAGUAAAAUUGAAGGAAUUCGUUGCCAGUUCUGAUCUAGGAUUACACAGCAAUUUGGCAGAAGGCGGAUCAAAUUUUAGCGUUGGUCAGAAGCAACUGAUUUGUCUGGCUCGAGCGUUACUGAGAGACAGCAAAAUUUUGAUUCUUGAUGAAGCUACCGCUAAUGUUGAUCCACACACUGAUGAACUGUUGCAGAAGACUAUUAGGGAAAAUUUCGAAAAUUGUACAGUUCUCACUAUUGCACAUCGGUUACAUACUGUAAUGGAUUCCGACAAGGUUCUUGUAAUGGAUGACGGAAAAGCGGUUGAGUUUGAUCACCCCCACGCAUUGUUACAAAAGAAGGGAGUUUUCUUUGAUUUAGUCAUGGAGACGGGGAAAGCAAUGGGUGCCAAUUUGUCAGAAAUUGCCCAAGAGAAUUACUUGAAGAGGCAGAAUCUUUUAGCACAAUAGUAGACACUAGUACGUACAAAAAUUCAAGUUUCUGUGAUAGAUACGACCUGAUGUACAAAUAGUUCGCUCUUCAAUGUGAUAUUUAUUAUUAAAUUAUUUAAAAAUUGA